AUGGCGUCGUUCCUGCUUGGUGACGAGUACGCGUCUUCCUCUAGCUCUUCUGAUGAGGAAGUUUCACGAGACAUCCCUCCUAAGGCCAAAGCGUCUCUUCCAGCUACUGCAACAGCCGAUAUACACUUGCUCCCAUCAGUAGACGAGCUUUUUUUCGGUAACCCCAGCAGUGUAUUGACCGCUACUCCUCUUCGAUCGUCAGCAGCUCCAAAGGCGCUGUCAAUCAAGCGCAAGAACGAGCAAAUGCACCCACCAGCAAAAAAAGCAGUGAAAAAAACAGCGCUUGGAAACGCUUUUUACAAGUCUCAAAUCGCGCCAUUCACGCCGCCACAGCUUCGUCGACCUAAUAUUUCAACCGAAGACCGCAGCUCGUGGAAUACCCUACGAACUCUGGCCUGGCAGAAAAAAGCAAAAGAUGCUCGUCCGAGCUCUUGA